UCGUUGUUUUUUCGCCAUUUUUGGACGACUCCUGCGCCCAGAUCCGUUCUUCUUUCCGUUCUCUCUUCUUUUUCCACUUUGCUUUCGCUUAUUAAAAUUCUAUCCCCAUUGGCUUGCGAAUUUCGUAUAUUUAUAUCAUUCUCUCCGUUUUAAUGCCCCGUUUAAAUUAUUUUGUUUUCAUUGAAUUUUCUGGUUUAUCUUGUCGUUAAUUCGCAAAAUGCAUAUGUGGAAGACUGUUAAAGACCCUGAGUAUUUUCUCUCGGAAGUGUUUUAAGGAGCCGGAGUGAGCGCUCUCUUUGAAUUCUGCUUAACAACAUGGUGGAAAGGUCUUUAAUUUUCAGGCUUCCUCCAUUUUGCAUGGAAAGGGGGCCCUGCUUCAGUUAUUCUUCUAGCUUAUGAAAAUGGAUUUGGAAGAUAAAUUUCUGACCAAAGUUUCUGGCGUUCAGAGCCUUUCUUCCAGUGUGCAAAGCACCCCAGAGAAAAAUGGGCAUUCAGAUAAUGCUUCAAGAAGUCCAGAACUCCUUCAAGAGUUUCUGAAAUCUGGUCCAAAGAAAGAACUUCUUCGAACAUGCUUUGAUAAGGAAAGGAAAAACUCGUCAAAAAGCAAAAUGACAGAACUUCAUAAGACUAAUAAUAAGACCAUAAAGAAGCACGACUCUAGGAAAGCUUCUUCAAGUUCCAACAUUCAGUCUUCUAGUAAGCAACAACGGAAGGGGGAAAAUCCUAUGCGACUCCCAUCGGCUGCUGAACAGUCUCCAGGUUUUGGAUAUACGAACUCAUGGAUCUGUAAAAAUUCUGCUUGUAGAGCUAUUAUAUCCAUAGAUGACACAUUUUGCAAGAGGUGCUCUUGUUGCAUCUGUCACUUAUUUGAUGACAAUAAGGAUCCUAGUCUUUGGUUGGUAUGCACAUCUGAAUCUGUUCAGGGAGAUUCCUGUGGGUUAUCUUGUCACAUUGAGUGUGCUCUUCAACAUGAAAAGGUGGGGGUUGUCGAUCUUGGGCAAUUGAUGCAGCUAGAUGGUAGUUACUGCUGUGCUUCUUGUGGCAAAGUUUCAGGGAUACUUGGAUGCUGGAAGAAGCAGCUAGUAAUUGCUAAGGAUGCUCGUCGUGUUGACGUUCUAUGUUAUAGAAUAUACUUGAGUUCCAGGCUUCUGGAAGGCACAUCCAGGUUUAAAGAACUGCAUGAGAUUGUAAAAGAUGCGAAGGCUAAACUAGAAACUGAAGUGGGCCCAGUGAAUGGAGUAUCUGCCAAGAUGGCGCGUGGCAUUGUCAGCAGACUCUCUAUCGCAAGUGAUGUGCAGAAACUCUGUUCACUUGCAAUAGAGAAAGCAGAUGAAUGGCUGGCCACUGUUUCUGAUGUGAACCCAACUUGUAGAGAAGAUUCCCUUCCUGCUGCAUGCAAGUUCUUUUUUGAAGAAGUAACAUCAUCCUCUGUUGUGAUUAUCUUGAUUGAACUCUCUAAGGCAUCAUCUGAUGAUAUUAAGGGCUACAAGCUCUGGUAUUGCAAAAGUAGAGAAGAGACACAAACAAAAGAACCCAUUUGUGUUUUUCCCAAAGCACAGAGAAGGAUUAAAAUCUCCAAUCUGCAGCCCUGCACAGAAUAUACCUUUCGAAUAAUUUCUUAUACGGAGGCUGGUGACUUGGGGCAUUCUGAGGCCAAGUGCUUCACCAAGAGUGUUGAGAUAAUUCCCAAGAAUCCGAAUUCAGCAGUUGCCAUGUACCGUAAGAAAGAGAAUCCCCUCAUUGAUGGCAGUUGUUUGAGUUCCAAAAGGGAGCCUAAGAAUACAACUGAAGUUGGCUUUUCUUCUGGAUUUAAGGUUCGAGACCUUGGGAAGAUCCUGCAUCUGGCUUGGGCCCAAGAGCAAGACUGCUUUGAAGGGUUUUGCAGUCCCGAGGUGGAAAACUGCUGUGGAGUAAGCAAAGUGAUCAAGCCUGAAGCUCUUGAAGAAGAACGGUCACCUUUUGUUUCACGUGGGCUUGACUUGAAUGUUGUUUCGGUGCCAGAUUUGAAUGAAGAGCUCACCCCUCCAUUUGAAUCCUCCAGGGAUGAAGAUAAUGGAUGCACUUUGCAGCAGGCUGUUGAGGCAGAUGAUGAUGCUGCUUCCCAUGACUUGAAGAAGAAUGAUUUGGCUAGGUCACAUGGUAGUGGUGACUCACAGACAUGGACACAUGGGCCAGCCAUUGAUUCCCGGCCAGAGUUUUGCAGGAAAAGGGUUGCAAACUCUAAUGAAGAGACACAUGAUUGUGACAGCACUUUGAUAAAUGGCUCACCACAUCGAAUCUCCAAUGGUUCAUGUUGCUUGGAUGAGAACUUUGAGUACUGUGUGAAGAUAAUCCGAGGGCUGGAAUGCGAGGGUCACAUUCAACAGGAAUUUAGAUUGAAGUUGUUAACAUGGUUUAGCUUGAGAUCAACAGAGCAAGAACGUAGGGUGGUCAACACGUUCAUUCAAACAUUAAUUGAUGAUCCUAGUAGCUUAGCAGGACAACUAGUCGACUCCUUUUCUGAUAUUAUAUCUUUCAAGAGGCCACAAAACGGAUUCUGUAGUAAGCUGUGGCAUUGAACAAGGGGGGCAGCAACAGCAGUUUAAUUUACAGGAUUGCUAAUUUGCUUCAUGUUUAAUUUUUUUCCCUGUGAUAAAUUAUCCCUGAUUGUUUUCACCGUUCAUUGUACAGGCAUUUUUUCUUAGUCGAGGUUGAAUUGAGUUGGUGAUUGCAGAGAGUACCUACCUGAUGAUUCUUGGAAAAAAGGAG